UCUCCAUUACCAACAAUUUCUACCGGCACAUUUAGAAAAUCGAAUUCCUGGAAUCUCGAGAUUGAGAAACGUUUUUUCACUCAUGAAAGAUUAUUGUCAUGAUUAUUGCACAGGGUCCCACAGUUUUGCUAACCCCUUUUUGAGAAAACUAUAAAGCAAACUAUGGGGCAGAUCAUCUAAACUGUCCCGUACAAUUAAUGAGGAACAGUUCCUAGAAACCAUUUUUCUCAUUAUAAAUACCAUUAAUCUAUGCUCAGAACUGUACAUAAAACAGCCUUGAAUCGCUCCGCUCCAACAACUCCACUUUGGAAAUUACCCUUCAACAUUUUCCUAGGUACAAGGACUAAAGAGAACAAGCAGGCUUACAGGGCAUGGAUUAUAUUUAGGCUUGGCUAAUGGAGAAGAAAAUCUUUGCUUUGAUUUAUUAGAAGUUCUUAAUUACAACUGGGUAUGGCUGCCUACUUACCUUGCUCUUACAUGACCUCGAGAACUCUCUCAAUCUGCAUUGCUUCUUUGCCCCUGAACAUACUAAGUUAACUUUACUUACUGCAUUUGACAUUUGAUUCUGAAUAAUCCAAACUUGAGCCCUUUUGGCUCCUUGUACAUCCCAAUACCUAAUUUGUGUGUAAGGAAGUUUCAAGAUAGGCUUGUCUAGCUCUUCUGCAUAUGCACCUCAUGGUGGGUCUUUUCUUGGUGAUGAUUUUAUGCUUAUUGUUUCCCCAAGAUGUAAAACCCGAAAUUAUAAAUAUAGGGGCCCUGCUUGCAUACAAUACUACCAUUGGAGAUGUUGCAAGGAGAGCCAUUGAGCUCGCUGUGGAAGAUGUUAAUAAGAAUUCUAGUGUACUUAAUGGAAAUCGGCUUGUGCUCAGUAUGGUGGAUUCAAAUUGCUCUGCAUGGAUAGGCACUGCUGCAGCAUUGGAGUUAUUGCAAAAGGACGUGGUCGCAAUAGUAGGUCCACAGUCAUCACCGCUUGCUCAUAUUGUAUCACAAUUGGCAAGUGAACUCCAAGUACCACUUCUGUCUUUUGCUGCAACGGAUCCAACUCUUUCCUCAUAUCAGUACCCAUAUUUCCUUCGAAUAACGCACAGCGAUUCUUCUCAGAUGGAAGCUAUUGCAGAUGUGAUUGGUUACUAUGGCUGGAGGAAAGUGGUGGUUGUUUAUAUAGAUGAUGAUUAUGGAAGAAAUGGGAUAUUAGUAUUGGGCGAUGCGCUUAGAAAGGUGAGAGCAAAGAUUGUUUAUAAAGCAGCAUUGCCGCCUGAUGCUAGCAGAAGUGGCAUUGGCAGUGUGCUAAUGCAACUGGCUUUGAUGGAAUCACGAGUUCUUGUUGUACAUACAAAUCCAAAUAUGGGUCUGAAUAUAUUUGCUGAAGCAAGUUUACAAGGAAUGCUGAACAGUGGCUAUGUUUGGAUGGCUACAGACUGGCUAUCCUCUACGUUAGAUUCUAGGAUACUUGAUUCAGAUACUAUGAAUUCACUCCAAGGGGUCAUUGGCUUACGUAAGCAUACUCCAAUUUCAGAAGACCAGCGUUCUUUUACAGCAAGGUGGAACAAUCUGCUUAAAUCUAGGAAUGUUGACACACAUUUGAAUAUAUUUGGACUGCAUGCUUAUGACACAGUGUGGGUAAUUGCUCGAGCCAUUUCUACAUUCUUGAGUGAAGGUGGAAAUACUUCUUUUGUGAGUCAUCCUGAGCUCUCAACAGUAAAUGGCAAAAAGUCAGAGCUAGCACAACUCAAGAUUUUCCAAGGAGGAUUACAACUACUAAAGAUACUACGAAAAACUAAACUUACAGGUUUAGCUGGUCCAAUUCAACUGGAUAAACAUGGAGACCUGCUUGGUCCUACAUUUGAGAUCAUUAAUAUUGCUGGAACAGAUUUUAGAACUGUGGGUUAUUGGUCAAGUCAGUUUGGCUUAUAUGUUAAUCCUCUAGAAUCUAACCGAUCUAGGUCAAAACAGCAAUUAUAUGAUAUUAUAUGGCCUGGUGGUAGAAAAGUAGUGCCAUGUGGAUGGCUAAUCCCAAACAAUGAGAAAAAGUUUUUAAUUGGUGUACCCAAGAAAGCAGGUUUUGAAGAGUUUGUGACAACUGUAGAAGGCAACAACACGAUGAAGGGGUUCUGCAUUGAAGUCUUUGUUGCUGCUGUGAAUUUACUACCUUAUGCUUUUCCAUACACAUUUGUAUCUUUCAUACAAAACAACUCAACUCCCAGUUACAAUGACCUUGUGGAGCAAGUUGUUUUAAAGAAACUUGAUGCGGUUGUGGGGGACAUUUCAAUUUUGAAAAAUAGAUCAGAGAUCGUGGAGUUUACACUGCCUUACAUAGAUUCAGGCUUGGUUGUGGUGACCCCUGUCAGAGAUAUCCAUUCAAAUAAUCCCUGGGCUUUCUUGAAGCCAUUUACACCAGGGAUGUGGUGUGCAAUUGGUGGAUCUUUUUUUAUGAUUGGAGCUGUUGUUUGGUUUCUGGAACACAAGGCAAAUCCAGAUUUUCGAGGACAACCAAAGAAGCAAUUUGCCACCAUCUUCUGGUUCAGCUUUUCAACAUUGUUCUUCUCUCAUAGAGAGAACAUUUUGACCGCCCUUGGGCGCGCAGUGCUCAUCAUAUGGCUAUUUGUGGUUUUGAUCAUCACUUCCAGCUAUACAGCCAAUCUGAGCUCAAUCUUUACUGCAAGACAACUAUCAUCUACAAUUGAUGGAAUUGAUAGUUUAAAAAAAAGUGGCAGUCCUGUAGGAUAUCAGACAGGAUCCUUCGCAAGAAACUAUUUAAUUCAUGAGCUUGGUAUAGACCCCUCCAGACUAAUACCCCUUGAUUCUCCGGAAAAAUAUGCUAAAGCUUUAUCGGAUGGACCAAAGAGAGGAGGUGUGGCUGCAAUUGUAGAUGAGCUUCCUUACGCCCAAGUAUUUCUGUCAAUUCGGUGUGGUUAUACACUUGUUGGCCAGCAAAUCAGCAGAAAUGGCUGGGGUUUUCAGGCUUUCCAAAAGGAUUCUGAGCUGGCGAUUGAUAUUUCCACAGCCAUUCUGACUCUGUCAGAGAAUGGCGAGCUACAGAGAAUCCAUGAUAAAUGGCUUAGUCAAACUUCUUGCAACUCACGGAAAAAUCAAGUGGAAUCUGAUCAACUGAGCCUGAAAAGCUUCUGGGGUCUUUUCUUGAUCAUUGGACUUGCAUGUUUUGUUUCCCUAUUUGUAUUUUUCUAUCGUAUGAUACUCCAAUACAUACGCCAUUCUAGGAACCUAGAUAAUCAAGAUGGUUCCGCUUCUCAUUCAGGUUCCCUGACUUAUAGGAGUGCAAAAAUCAUACGAUCAUUUGCUAGUUUCGUUGAUGAGAAGAAGACAGAAAGUUCCAAGAGGAAAAGAAGUGACCAACAAGGCAGUGGUUCGAAUCCGAGCCAUGAUUCGAGCCACUUAAAUUCAAAUAAUCAAGCCUUCACUAGUGAUCCACAAACUGCACCUGCACAAACAGCUGAAUAGAGUUUAUCUGAUGCUCAACGUGUUCGCCCAAGAGGCUCAAGAAGAUUUUGACAAAUCAACAGGGUAAUUAAUUUGAGCAGGAUAGAUUAUGGCAUAAACAUAAGGUAGCAAUGUUUUUGCAUUAAAGACUAACCCUAUAUGGACAAGUUUUUACCAGUCCUCAGAAAAGUAUUACUUCCCUGGCAGAGCGUUGCAGCCGAGGCAUAGAGAGAAGGCAGAAACAAAGGAAUGCUUCUUGUAAUUCUGUCGUCUUUAUCUUGAGAGCUUGUGUUUGGAAUUGGAAUCCAGUUUUGAAAAUUGAAAUGUUCAAUAAGUGCAGUCUCUUUCAAUUUUGAAUUACCAUGAAUUACCAUGCCCACCUGAGAACAAUUGAAGUGAAUAGUAAUGACACGGAUAUGUCUCCAUCAGUCAUUUUUUAGCACAAUCCAUGUAACACAAUUUCAUUGCCAAUAUGCGGCAGUAGUUGCUCUGGUCCUCAGGAAAUACCAAGUCAGAUACUUCAAACGGGCACCAGUAUUUAUACAUAAUUAUCUAAAUAAUCCAUGAAAUCUCGUGUCAGUUCUUCAACAAUUGGUGAUGCCUCAUAGUCUAUGCAAUUUCAUCAUUGUUUAUGAAUUCAGGCUACAACACAGAUUAUUUAAUAUAUAGACCUCUGGAUUUUGUUGGCA